UGUGAAUACAGGCUCAUCACUUGACAGCAGUGUUUAUCACUGUGAGCCAGCUGUCACACUCGCUAUACUCUUCUUCUAAAAAUCAGCCAGGAGAAGGAAAUUCGUCUCCAGCGGACGUCUAGAAACAAAGUUUGGUAACCAUGACGACGUACCUGUUCCUGUGUCUUCUCAUACUCGGAGGUCAGAGGUCAUUGGCGUGCCCCCACCCUUGCUCCUGUCAGGGACGUCGGGUGGACUGCAGCGGCAGGUCUCUCACUUCCGGCUCCAUGCCCCCCAGUUUCCCGACAGGAACCACCGAGCUGCGUCUCCAUGACAACCUGCUGAGCACCCUCCCCAACGGGCUGCUGGACGACCUGACGUCCCUGCGCUCCGUCUCCCUCCACGGCAAUCCCUGGAUAUGUGACUGCGGCAUCCUCUACCUGCGAGCCUGGCUGAGACGUCAGACCACCGACGUCGCGUCCUACCUGGGGGCGAACUGCAGUUCUCCUCCCAGCCUGAGGGGGCGCUCUGUGGUGUAUCUGACCGAGGAGGAGGUGCUGGAGUCCUGCCACUACUGGUACUGCAACCUGGCCCUGGCCUCUCUGGGCUCCCUGUUGGUGUUUGUGGUGGUGCAGGCGGCUCUGCUGGUGGCUCUCAUCGUUUUCCUGAAGAGGUUCGAAAGGCUGACAAAGGAGGCCAAGCGGACCACGGAGGAGAGUUUCACGGCCGGGGAUGGACUCAGAGAAAACGAUUAUGAGCUUUUAAAGGACAGCAGCAUCUGAGAUGAAGCCCUUAACCCUCUUUUGACCAUAAAUAUAACUGGGGUGCCUUGUAUUUUUAUCUAGUAGCUGUAAAACUGUCAAAAAAUCUGCAUUGAGUCUGUAUUUUUGCUCCUUUUUCUAGAAACAACAUCAGUUAGUUUUUUUUACGAUGGGUUUGUUAGGGUCAAGAAGAAAAAAAGCCCCCAAAAAAAGGAACUUGAAAAUUUCAAAAAUUCAAAAUGUUUGACUAUUUGAGAUUUCUGAGUUCCUUCUAGGAAAAAUUUCACUUUCAAAAUCAGAAUUAGCUUUAUUUUGUAAAAAUUUUAGACUUUGUGGAAAAAAAUUUUUUAUAUAAAAUAUCUGAGACUCUCACAUUUUCUGUGUUUUUGUAGCACACCCAGAAGAUUUGCUGUGGGUUUCCUAUAAAACCCAGCAAAUUUUUAAAUUAAAAAAACGGUGGGUUUGAAAACAAACUGGGUUUGCUGGGUUUUCAAACUCAAAAUGUAAAAACCCAGACUGAGAAAUUUCUAAGCUUCUUUCUAAAAAAAAAUUCUGAGAUUAAUCUCAAAUUGUUUUCUAGCAAAUUUUCAACUUUUGUACCCAGAAGCUUCCUUGUUUUUCUGAAAAAAUAUCUGAGAUUAUUUUCAAAAUUUCUUUGUCUUUUUUGGCAUAAAUUUCCUCCUUCUUUUCUAUCUACAAUUACCCUAAUAUGCUGUUGUAGCUGUCUGGUUGUUAUUUAGCAUUUCAGUCUAUUAAUUAUGUUCUCUCUGAAUUACUCGUAGAAGUCGGUAAAUGUGUUAAUAAAGUUAUGAACCUUU